UCCAACAUAUAAACUUUCUGGGUACAGUAAGAUUUUAUGCUGUUGAGGUGCUCAGAUUGCUUCAGCUUCUUAGAUUCUUAUUCUACUUUGUUCUUUAAUUCUUCUCAACAUUUCUGAGUUAUUGUCAUCCCUUUUCUAUCAAUGAAUUAUAUUUGCUCUUCAUCAAAGAGCAGGUGGGAUAGAAUCGCACUGAACUACUUCCAUCAGUGUAACUGGCAGCAGGUCAGUUCUUCCUCCUCUCUGCCUCAUAAUUUGCUCCUGAGAGUUGGGAUAAUCUGCAGAUCUGUGCAGGAUUGCAUGGAGAGGGAAAGAAAACAUUGGUACCCCAUGAGUGGAUUAUUAUUCUCAUGGCAUUGGAUUCUCCAAAAAGUAUCAUGUGAUGUUGUACGGGUCAAUCUUAGUGGUCCUGCUUUGCUCUCAACACGGGUGAUUCCAACCAUUUUGGAAGUGUUUUGAGUUCAUAAGAGUUUGAACUGGAAAAGCUUUGCACACUCAUAGUCAAUUUUCCAUCUGUACCCCACCCUUUGCAAUGAACUACAAUAAGAAACAUAAUUUAAGCAUUUUCCCCUAAGAACAGAAGUUGGGUGGAGUUAGAAAGAGGGGAAACCUAGAAAAGAAGCGUUUUCAGCAGUGUUUUAUUUACACUUGCUUUAAUGUGUAAUUUGGCUUCUUACCGCCAAGUGAAUGAUUUAAGCAAGAGUGAAAGUGGGUAAUAUCUGAUUGAGGCAGGGUAUAUAAGAUGCCUAAAAAUCUAGCCUGGACUGUUGGGUUUAAUGUUUUAUUAUUAGACCUGACCAUCUUAGUACUGUGUGUUUAAUAUUUGAUCGUGGGAAUACAGAGCAUUAUUGAUUUCACUUCUUUUAAAUUUCAGCAGCUUCCCAAGAGACAGAGUGAGUUAGUAAGGAUGCAAACUAUGUAAGUAAUAUAUUUUACUAGCUAAAGAGUUUAGGCCAACAUUUUUAAAACAACUUCUUAAUUGUUUUCUUUUUUGGAGUAAGGGACAAUCCAGCUGUCUGCUUUUGGUGACUCCUCUCUCUCUCUCCCUCCCUCUCUCUCUCUCUCUUUCUCUUUCUCCCACCCUCCCUCUCUUUUCCUUAAGCUUCAAACUAUGGGUACCACAGUAGCUGUUCUUUCUCUUCCUUUUGUAAAGGUGUAUAUCUUAUGGGCUUGUCAGUAUCUGACUGGGAGGUUUUAGUUUUGCAUACUAUAGCAAGCUUGGGGAUUAAGAAGGGAAAGCUUUGGCAAUAAAGGACAAAUAAAUGGAACUGAUACCUUAAAAUUAUUAUCUAGACGUGUUGUCCUCUUGUGGCAAAUAUAAAAAUACAAGUGCUCCUUGCUGUGAACUUUAAAUGGCUGUGAAGAUUCAACUUGGCCUUAAAACUACUUCAUAAUAUCCUGUUUGGUUAAAAGAAUCUAAUAUGCGUGGCAGAGUUUAGAACAAAGUUAAAGAAAAAUAAAAAUGGCAUAAGAGGUGUAGAAGUUGGCCACUAUAAACUAACAGGCAUGUUUUCUGUCUUAGACCCUUCGCAGGUGUUACAGCCGAGUGAAGGAACAUGGUGUGGGCAAAAGAAAAAGCAGUUACACAUUUGAACAGUUGGAGCAGGUCUUUGGUCAAGGAGGAUGGGAUUCUCAACUCUGCCAACCAGUGCUCAUCAAUAGCAGUGGCUUAUAUCAAGAGCUGGAGUCUGAUGGUAGCACAAUGGAGGAAUAUUCGCAGGACGAAUGGGGGAACCAUAGUCAGGAUCUUUACUGUUAUCAACCAGGCGACCAAGAGUUAGAUGAAAUGCCGGCAGUGAAGAAAUCACUGAAGAUAAAGCAGGAAUCUUCAGAAGAGUCUCAGAAGCGCGACGUAAUGCAGAAUAUUGUACAGAUCUUGGAAUCCGUCCAGUUAAAAUGGGAAUUAUUUCAAAGUUGGGCAGACUUUUCUAGGCUACACCUUUCUAACAAACUGGCCAUAUUUGGGAUUGGUUAUAAUACACGGUGGAAGGAGGAUAUCCGCUACCACUAUGCUGAGAUCAGUUCCCAAGUUCCCCUUGGCAAGCGACUCCGGGAAUAUUUCAACUCGGAAAAGCCAGAGGGCAGGAUCAUCAUGACGAGGGUACAGAAAAUGAACUGGAAGAAUGUUUACUACAAAUUCUUAGAGAUUACUAUUAGUGAAGCCAGAUGCCUAGAGUUACACAUGGAGAUUGACUGGAUACCUAUUGCUCACUCCAAGCCAACGGGUGGAAAUAUUGUCCAGUAUUUGUUACCUGGAGGCAUUCCAAAGAGCCCUGGUCUGUACGCCAUCGGCUAUGAAGAUUGUCACGAGAAGCCACCAUCUCCUGAUCACGAGGGCAUCAGCCAAGAGCCCGAAAAUGAGACUCUGGGGGAAACCGAAAUGCCCUUGUCACAAGCUUCCCUCAAAGUGGAAAUGGAGCCCACUAGAAUCAUCUAUUGUUACCUCGGCAUUGCUGAGGUCAGAACUCUCCAGCAGUGCUUGUUUUUACAUUUUCAGGCCAACACCAAAACCUUCAGCAAAGAGUGGGUUGGAAUCAAUGGAUUUUUAUCACAGAACUGCAUUGUGGACCCAGGAAUUUCCCCUAAGUCUAUUUACAUUAAAUUUGUCGAAGUGGAGAGGGACUUCCUUUCUGCUGGAUCUUUGGUAGAGUGCCUGGAAAAAGCCAUUGGUUACCCCUUGAAAUUUAACAACUGACUCUCAUCCUUUAUAAGGAUCAGGACUUUGUAAGUAUCACCUGUGGCAUUUUGGGCAUCUUAUUAUACAAGACUGGGCAAAAUCAACUGUUCUAACUGAACUGAAAUGAGGAGGACACUUGUAGGGGAGUUUACAAAAGUGUAUCUCAAGUCAGUAAAAUAUGCUGUUUACUUCCUUGGGCCAGUUAGCUGGUUUUAUAAAGAAAAGGACUUUGAAAGGGAGCUUUGUAAAUACGGCAACUAUUGGUACAUUCCACGUUGGAUGAACGUACAUGUUAAGUUUCUUAUGAAAAAGCUGUUUUCCACAAUGUCUCAUUUUUACACAUGUGUCUCUCAAGCGUGAUUACGGUUAUGUAAUAAAUAAGCAAUAGAUAAUGAGUUUAAACCCAGUCACACAAGACUGUUUUUCAGUGCCACCGUUAGCACCUCUUGUAUAUAAUUUAGCAUUUCAGUUUCUUCACCCAUCAAGUGUUCUUACAAUUUUCAACCAGUGUUGCCUGCAAAAACUUCUGUUUCUGUGAUGUAUCCCACUUUACUAGUAGUGUUGCCAUAUCACCUUUUUUAUUUUUGUUUUUGUUUUGUUUACAUUAAAGUCAUCCAUGGCCUUUUAAAAAAUAUUUAGUUAACGUCUGUGUGGCAGUGAAAGUAACUCAGCCGCUGGGAAGCAUUUUUUCAAACCAUGCUUUUAUCAAAUACAAUCAAAGCUGUGAGAAGGGGUGGGCUUGGGUGGGGGCUGGGGAGUUAUGGACCAGGGGAGUAAGCAUUUUUAAUGCCUCAUUAAAAUGUUCUGAUAUAAAUCCCAUUGCGCUGCUGGCAAGUGCCAGAUUUUUUUAUUUCGUUUUUUACAAACCUCAUUGAUCAGUGGAAGUUGUGACAUACAAUGAAUGUGUCAGUCCAAAUAAAAACAAACAAAUGUGGAUUUUCAGAAAUGUGUUUUCUUGCUUGAUUGUAUCUUUAUGAA